AUGCUUCUCCUCGCCCUCGUCGUCGGCAGCUCGUUUAUCGGGACCGCAUACGGCAACAACACAACACCUCUGGUGACCUACUGCUCGCCGGAGCGCAACUUCACGGUCGGCAGUAAGUACCAGCAGAACCUCGACAAGCUGGUCCACGCCCUCGGCGAAGGCGCACUCGGCAACGGCGGCUUCCUCAACGGCAGCGUCGGCGGUCCGGGCCCCGACGACGAGGCCGCCUUCGGCGUGAUCAUGUGCUACGUCGACCGCACCUCGGCCCAGUGCAAGGACUGUCUGGGAAGGGCGCAGUCCUUCGUCAGCACCGGCUGCCCCUUCAACGCCGCGGCGUCCAUCAUGUACAAGUUUUGCGUCCUCCAGUACGCCGCCGACGAGCCUUCCAUCUCGUUCCCCGUCGCCGGAGACGGCAUGUUCCGCACCUACCGGUCUAACAGCAGCCACUUUGUCGAUGACGUCGCCGCCAUGAACGGCACGCGGUGGGAGCUGAUGAACCGGCUCGUGCCCGAGGCAGCCGGCUCGCCCCUGCGUGCAGAAGGGAUUUGGCGCCCAGCGCCUGCACCCGAUGUCUCAACGGCCUAUUAG